GAGCCCUCUUGGCCAUGGGGCAGGGCAUGGCCAUAGGGACCCCUCUUGGCCAUGACCUUGGUGACCAUAGCCUUGGGUCAAGGCUUCCCCAGAAGGAGCCCCCACCUCUUCCUGCAGGCAAGGAAACUGCAGCGACUGCUGCCCCACAUGGUGCGCUGGCUCUGGGACGCUGAGGACGAGCUCAGGAUAAAGGCCCUGAUGAUCCUACGGAACGUGAUGGGUCGCCUCCCGCGUGAGGAGGCCAGCCCCAUUGCCGUGGGGCUGGUGCAGGACCUCUGGCCCCUCUUUGAUGGAGGAUGCAGCCGGCUCCGGGAGCUCUCCAUCCGCCUGUUCCGGGUCCUGCUGCAGUCGGUGCUUGGCGGUGACAGGAGGAGGAUGAGGAGCAAAAUCUGGGAUCUGCUGCUCCCGCUCUUCUUCCGCAUGAGCGACCAAAGCUGCAGCGUGGCCGAGGUACAAACACCCUUCCCCCCACCUCGGGUAUCCCACAUUCCCGAGGGUGGGAUCAUCCCCAAGGUGCCAUCUCCCAUCCCAUCCUGUGCAGGCUUCCUGGGAAGCUCUCCUUGCUGCGGCGACGCUCCUGGGAUGGGAAGAGCUUCGGCGCCUAUUGGACACGAGGCAGACGUGGAGGGUUGCAGAGUGCUUGCUGGAGCGGAGCAGGAAGAGGGCUCAGGGAUACCUGGACCAGAGCCUGCGGUACCUGCAGGAUGCUCAGGUCUCCUUGCAAGAGGCAGCCGUCAGGUUCAUUGGUGAGUCCCUGCGGUCCCCAACCCGGUUCCCACUGCUGCAUCCCUGAUGGAUCCCG